AUGGCGUUACAAAGGAAACAAUUAACAGAAAUCCCUACUGAUGCUGUAGUCCUCAGUGAACUACAAGCAACAGACUAUCAAAUGAGGAUACUGAAUAACUGGACUCCCCAAUCAGAUAUAUUUGGUUAUAAGUAUGGAACAGCUCUUCUUGGAGCUGCCACAAUGUUCACAGGCAUGUUCAUCAACAAUUUCUUCCGGAUAAAAUUCAAACUUCUCAAAUAUGGAUGGAUAUCUUCAUAUCUACCUAUGUGUAUAGUUCCUAGUACCCUUUCAUGUUUAUAUCACCAGCAAUUUGUGUUGAGAGAUGUUGUGUUGAUGAAGCAUGAUCAGUGCCCCAUUUGUCUUCAAACUAGAGCAGCUGCAUUUCAAGCAUUCUUAGGAUGUGGGCUCCCAGUUUUAUUAGCACCAGUGACUUCACUUGCAUUGGUACAUAAGUACAACACAUAUAACAUGCCUUAUGUAACAAAGGAGCCUCUGAAAGUUUUCAAAGUAUUGCAAAGUAAAUUCACUCCCAUAAAAAAUACAUUGUUUUGGAUUUUUCUUGGCCAGGCAUUGUUAGGGAGCUUGGUGACUUAUUGGGAGACUGGAUCAGUCCAUAAGGUGUAUUCCAAGCUUUAUGCAAUAGAGAAACAAAUGGAAGAAGAACAGUUUUGA